AUGGCAGUUGUCAUACCGAAAGCGUCGUCUUUGCACCAGCUUACGCCCACGAAGCGCGCACAUCCUCCUCAGAAGGCCCUUCCUGCCGAGCUCUCCGAACUACUGCUUACUGCUGCGGACGAAUACAUUGCGGUCGCGCGAGGCAUGGGAUCACUGCUCAUACGGGAGAGAAGGGAGGCCGACGUCAGGCAAUACUACAAGUUGAUGUCCACUGCUAUGGGGUGCAUGGAUACUGUGCUCAAGGACUUCAACAUGCCGCCUAGGGACGAAGCCAAACUGCGGUUGAGGUAUGCCAGCUUGAUGAUCGAAGAGACAGACAUCGAGGCCGCAGACAUAUCCAGUCGGAUCGAGGAAAUUUUGUCCAAGCAGAUAUCGCUCUGCGGACGCCAUCGCUUGCAAGACCUUAAGUUUGCUGCCCUCCAUCUUCAGGCACGAUAUCAGUUCAAGACCAACCACCGCGCCGGUCUCAAGUCACUCGACCAGCCUAUAAAGGAGGCCGAGACCUUCCAACACAUUGCCUGGGUGUAUGCGUUGCGGUUUCUCAAAGUCACGCUCGCACUGCAGAUACCGGGUCGUGUUGAGGUGGCAUUGGCUCUCCAGCAACUCCAUGCUAUACAAGACCACGCGGACCGGCGGGGCGAUCGAGCCAUCUACGUCGCUUGUCACGUACUCGAAGCGAUGGUCCAUCUACGCUCAGGUGCAAGCGAUCGACUCGAACAAGCCCAACGCGCCAUCGCAGCAGCCAGAAGCCUGCAGCUUCAAGUGUCAGCCAAACAAUUGGGAUCAUUUGGCACUCUCAUCGACAUUAUUGACAUUGCUAGCGGUAUCCAAAAAGGCAGCCCCAACCCGCAGAAGUCUACCGCACUUCUGGAAUCGAUACUAGGCGACAAGAACGAACAGGGCAGCUCCCAAGGCGGCGUCUUCACUGUCCUCAUUGAGCGGAGCUUCGGAGGUCAUCUUACGUUUGACACUGCUGGCAUCUUCCGAAAAAAUGCGGAGCAAAAGGACGAGCUGGUGUUUGCAUGGCUUCCGAAGGAGGAUCUUCAAGCGCUGUGCUUCCAUAUCUGCGCACUGGACCAACAUGUUCAUGAGAAGGGUCUGAACUUCAUGAAGGAAGCACAUCAGCGCUUCCGAGAGACUGCGAAGCGACGCGUUUACAGUGGCGUACCUAUAUCUAUCGCGUUUGCACGCAUUGAGUGGAACAUGGUACUGGAUUGGUAUUCCAUGUUCGCUAUUGGCCUCAUGGCUCGUACUAGGAAUGAUCAUGCAACCGCCGACGAUGCGCUGGGUUUUCUCAAGAAGAAGAUCUCAACGACCCCAUACAACAACCAGGAAGCAUUCGCUCGUACGCUCGCCUACUUCUCCGCCAUCACUAACCAGAUCAACGGAUCCCACAACUCCUCACUAGCAGCAUUGUCCUCGGACGUCCUCGCAAUACCGGAGAAGGGUCAUGCAACCCCUGCUAAAACAGACAUCGCAAUCAUGGCAGCUCUGAACCGCCUCCUCAUUCUCCGCGAUGCCUCGCACCCACAACACUUCCAAGCAGCCCUCCUUCUAUCCCAAAUCAAACCCCUCUGCGACGACCACCCAAACCAAUACAUACGCAUCGCCUUCCGCCUCGUCCAAGCCUACCACAGCGAAGACGCGCCCAUCCUCCAGCAGAAGAAAACUGUCCAAGCCGCCGUAGGCAUGGCGCAGGAUGUGUCGAAGCGAACCCAGAACUUCGAGUUCGUCGCUAUGAUGAUGUGUUACUUCGUUGCGCGCUUCUUUGCGGAGACCGUGGGUGAGAAGAGUAUUCAGGCGAUUCGUGCGGCGAGGUCACAGGCGGUUAAAGUGCAUAGGCCGCUGUGGGUUGCGGUUGUUGCGGGGCUUUGUAUGAAUACUUAUAGGAGGAAUGGUCUUGUGGCUGAGGCGGAUGCGGCGGCGCGUGAGUUUGAGAAUGUGAGGGGGCAGUUGCCGGUUGCGCUGAGGGGGGUGGAUGGUGUGGAUGUGGAUGUGGAUGCGGAUGGUGAUGUUGAUGCUGAGGGGGAGGAGGAUGUGGAUGCUGAUGGGGAUAUUGAUGUUGUGGGUUAG